AUGAGGCCAACUCUUUCCUCCACCGACAAUGAUGCGUUGCAGAGGCCUUUUCUCCGUUUCGAUGUGAUCAUCGAAUCGAAGAUCAUCAACGACCAUGAGACCGAGAGCGGCGGUGGUGGCGGCAGUAACGGAUGUUACAGCCGCGGAGGAUAUGGCGGCGUUGGCUAUGAGGUGGCGGCGUUAGCUACUGAGGUGGCAGUCAUCGUGAAGGCGGUGGGGAUAGCGUCUCGAUGA